AUAUACAAUGAAAUAUUUAGUUGUGUGUACGCCGUUCACUUGCACGAGGUGAACUUUCUGAUUUGUUUUGCUUAUAAUAUUUAAUCAUCCAUGAAUUUCUCUUGAUACAUAUUGUAUAAUUAAAACUACAAAAAUGUCGGGGGAGGAAUAUGAUAGUGAAAUGGAUUGUUCAGAUUCGGAUUGUGGUGAUACAGGUUAUGAGGAUUAUUAUAAUGUACAACCUUGGGGUGGUGAAGUAGACAAUGACGUUGAUCCGGAUCAAGGACGAAAAGAUCCUGAAUACGCUAUUCAUGAUUGUCUUCGUGUUGAGGAAGUUGAAAGGUUAUUAAAUGAAAAUGUUGAAGUUUUAAGUAAUAAUCUUCACAUUACACCGUCCUUAGCAAAAGUUUUGCUUCAUACACAUGAUUGGGCAUUACAAGAUGUUUUGGCAAAAUAUCGCACUAAUGCUUCAAAUUUUCUCGUUACUUCAAAAGUAAAACCUCUACAUCCACCAGAUCCUUCAUGUGCUCUAAAAAUACAAAGAGGUGGAUUUUGCACUGUUUGCGUUACAGUUUUUCCACCGGAAAAAUUUGCACUACUCACAUGUGGCCAUUCAUUUUGCAAAGACUGUUGGUGCAUGCAUUUUGAAGUUCAAAUAACUCAAGGAAUUUCAACUGGUAUCAGUUGUAUGGCACAAGAAUGUGAAGUUUUAGUACCGGAAGAUUUUGUACUUUCUCUUUUAACUAAACCAAGUAUGCGAGAAAGAUAUCAACAAUUUGCAUUUCGUGAUUAUGUUAAAUCACAUCCACAAUUGAGAUUUUGUCCUGGACCUAAUUGUCAAAUUGUUAUGCGUUCUAAGGAACAUCGAGCUAAACGAGUCAUGUGCUCUUCAUGUAAAAGUAUAUUUUGUUUUCGAUGUGGUAUGGACUAUCAUGCACCGACUGAUUGUAAUACAAUUAAAAAAUGGUUAACAAAAUGUGCAGACGAUUCAGAAACAGCAAAUUAUAUCAGUGCCCAUACCAAAGACUGUCCAAAAUGUCACAUUUGUAUAGAGAAAAAUGGUGGAUGUAAUCACAUGCAAUGUUACACUUGUAAACAUGAAUUUUGUUGGAUGUGCCUUGGUGAUUGGAAAGCACACGGAAGUGAAUAUUACGAAUGUUCGCGUUACAAGGAAAAUCCAAAUAUUGCUCAUGAAAGUGUUCACGCUCAAGCGAGAGAAGCUCUCAAAAAAUAUCUUCAUUAUUACGAAAGGUGGGAGAAUCAUAGUAAAUCUUUAAAGUUAGAACAACAGACUUUGGAGGUCAUAAAAAUGAGAAUUAAUAAAAAAGUAAUGAAUGCAAGUGGAACUUGGAUCGAUUGGCAACAUUUAUACGCAGCUGCUUCGCUUUUGGCUCGUUGUCGCUAUACUUUACAAUAUACAUAUCCUUAUGCUUACUAUAUGGAGGCAGGACCACGAAAAGAAUUGUUUGAAUAUCAACAAGCUCAAUUAGAGGCGGAAAUAGAAAAUCUUUCUUGGAAAAUUGAAAGAGCUGAAACAACAGAUCGUGGAGAUUUAGAGAAUCAGAUGGAUAUUGCCGAAAAACGUCGUGUCACAUUGCUAAAAGAUUUUUUAGAUGUGUAAAAGAAAUCAAGUAGGUGUUUCUUUUUUUUUUUUUUUUUAAAUUAAAACGUCGAAGUUUAUAAGAGGAAAAAAAGUGCUAGAUUCUCUUUAAAAGAGCGGAAAAAAAGCUCAGUGAAUUUUUUACUGAGUAUUGUAAAUAGUAAACAAUUCAGUGUCAAAGGAAAAAAAAAAAAUUGCAAUGAAAAUUUGAAAAAUAACAUUUAUUUAUUAAUUAAUUAAUCCAUUUUACUGCUACUAUAUAUUCAUAUACAUAAAUAUAAAUAUUUAGCCAUUCUUGUAAAGUUCUUUGACUUCUAGAUUAAUGAGCUAGACUGAAAUUUUCUCGUUAUUUAAGAAACUCGUGCAAGUGUAGUACAUACUCAAUGAAUACUUUAUUAUUAUUCAAGUUUUAUUUUUCUUUAGCAAUUUGAAAUGUACUUUCGGUACUACUUUUUUUCUAGUUUUUGUUUUAUUUGAUAUUUUAUUUAAAAAUUUGUUCGAAAAAGAUCUGUCAAAUUUUUAAUAAUUUUUUUUUCUAUUAUGAAAAAGAGAAGAAUAGGUUUUUAAUUUUAAAAAAAGGAAUAUUAUUUUAAAUUGUUUACUAAUAUUUAUGAUGUAAAAAAAGUUUACUUUUCGUUGAUAAAAAAAAAAUGAUUUUUUUUUUAAAGAAAACAAAAUCUCGACUUAUGUAAUUAAACAAUUAGAAUCUAAGAGAAUCUAAUUCUUUGAAUCGAAUAUUAUGAAUUUUAAACUCUAAAUUCAAAUUUCUAGAUGAGGGAGCAAUUUUAUCUGUUAUAAUCUCUAUAGUAAUUACAAGUUUGUCUUUACUUACCUCUAAGUAUUGUUAAUAUUAAGGCAAAAAAAAAAAAUAAAUAAAUAAAUAAAAUUAAUGGGAAAAUAAGUAAUAAAAGCUGAUGUCUUUGAUAAUAAUGUUUCUUGUAAAUAAUUGCACAAGUAUACUAUAUAUAGUAUAUAUAUAUAUAUGAUUGAGUGUUGUUUUUUAAUGAAUAUAUGUACUGUUUAUGCAACGAUUAAAGUCACAUGUGGAUUUUAGACUUAGGCCAUCACUGUUUUCCAAGUAUUUAAUUAAACAUCGUUACAAUUAAUUAAUUAGUCUAUAGAUUCCCCGAUGAUACAAUUUCAAGUAAUUAUUUCUUGAAAAAUGCAUCGCUUGGUAAAUGUAAUAAUUAAUCUCAAAUAAAAGUAAACAAUGAAUUUCA